AUGAUCUCCAAGCAGCGACGAACGUUCCCAGAGGGAGCUUGGCCGGAUAAGAAGACUGUUGAUGUUGGGCGAAAUGGAGUCACAGUCUCGGCGGACCCCUUCGGUGGCAUCUAUCAGAUCAGCGCAAAGAUUGAGGAUCCAAGGUUCGCCCUCAUGAUCGCGGCCCCUUGGGAGCAAUUCGAUCAAGCCAAGCGACAAGACCCAGUCUUUGUGCGUCAGUACCGCAAGCACAUGGAACGACGGCUUGAGGGCAAGAUUCACGGACACGGCUUGGUGCUCAACAUCCGCCCAGGGGCUGUAGUCAUCAAUCCUGUUCAUAGCAGCCUUGGGAGUCAAGUUCAGCACGAGUAUGGGAGCCACGACAAGAGGUUCUUUAUCCAGACGAUUCUCAAAGUCCGAGACGACGGUACCAUCAUCCAGGCGAGCCAGAUCACGAACACCACUGAUAAAGCCUGCUACGUGCCGGCUGGCCUGGACCUCGUCCUCGCCGUUUCCAGAGCCUCCUACGGCCAGCUCACGGAUCAGGGUGGAGUUGAAAUGCCAGAAAAGACCAACUUUUAUGCUCAGCACACUUUUCACCACGAACAGACAUCGAUCUACUCCAUUGACAAUGAUAGCCUGAAUGGGCGACUGUCUGCCUAUCCUAUCUUUUACAAUGCCACGCGCCACUUCAGAGAUCAGGAUGACAACCCGCCUGCCAACCUUAGAGAAGCCCAGUCUCGUCUGAAGCCUCAGGACCUUGCCAUCGGACCGAACGAGACUCUGAGAAUUGGAUGCAUCCUACGUGCCGAGGAUAUACGAUGGACCGAGAAAGGAAAGAAACUUCCAUCCCGUUACCGACAGACCGUUCAGAACUCCGGGGCCAGCUUCAGUCCCGCUCUGGAGACAAUCGAAAGCACAAUCCUAUGGGCUAAUGUCAACUACAUCAUUGGCUGCUGCUCUACUCCUUUGGGCAACGCAUACUCUGAUGCAGUGGCUGUCAUACCUGACCACAUUGCCCUUCCUCUAGGCUGGCCCAGGGACAACUACUGGCAGCUUCGACUUCUCCAGAAGUUUCACUGCAGUGACAUCGAGGUUCUGUUCCCACGCAACCCGGACAAGGCUCGCGCUUGUGCCCAAGAGUUUAAAUCCAUCCUCAAAGGCCAUCUUCGAUGGUUGUUCGAGGUCGCCACAAUCGAUGUUGAUGUGCAGGGAGAGGCCCGACACUUCUGGAGGCGAUCCUAUUUGAUCAACGGACGCCCAAAGGAUGGCGCCGUCUACCAGCUCGACACACAGCUGUAUCCAUUCCUGCAGCUGUGCGAGUAUUACACUGCCUAUGGAGCCCGUAGUGGGUACAAGAAGUUUGUGGUUAACAUGAUGCGGACCAGGGCCUUCACAAGGGUUCUUCAGGACCUCUUGGCUAGGCUGAAUACUAAGCAUCAGCUGUUCACGACCGACGAGACCCCGGCAGAUGAUGAUACCAGCGACUUUCCCAUCCACAUGUCUAGCAACAUUCUGGCCUGGUACACCCUGAAGCAGAUCUCUAAGCUGCUCGACGACACCCAGGCCCUCCCCAGUGAGGAUGCCGCUGCAAUUCGAAAGGUCUCAGACAGUGUCCGCACAGCUAUCUUCAAUCGGCUCACCUGCAAGUGUCCCGACGGUUCUGGGAAGACGAUGUUUGCAUACGCUCUAAAUCCGUCCCCAAAGGCGGGUGUCAGCGGCCACCGGACCUACCACGACGGAAACGACAUGCCCACCUUGCUUGCACACGAGUGGGGCUUCCUGAAGAUGAAUGAGGGCGAUGAGUGUGACCAUCCAGCCUGGAGGGCGAUCUGGGAGAAGACUCUGGACUGGGCAUUUACUCCCAACCCAGAGUAUCCAGACUUUGGCACACGCGCUGGCGGCAGUCCCUUCCACGGUCUUGGGAGCGUUCAUAGCCCAGGCGCGUGGGUUCUGGGUCUCUUCCAGGAGUGGAAGUUCUAUCAGACCGUGGGGGACAAGGCCCGUGAGGAUAAAGCGUGGGCCAAAAUCAAGGGCUCGAUGCAGUGGGAUGGCACCUUUUCCGAGGCGGUUGAUGUCUGCAGUGGGAAGUGCACGAGCAAGACCUGGUUCAGUUGGCCUGGAGCAAUGAUCGGGGCAGAUCUUGUUGACACGGUCAUCAAGCAAGCCCGGGAGUUUAAUAACAAACGCUCUCAGGAGGCUGGCAGAGGAUGAAUUGUUUCUUUUGCUUCGCCCACAUUCUUUCCGUUCCUUCGAUUUUACAGAGAAACAGAACGCAACUGGACCCAGUAGUUUCCCCCGUUUCCCCUUCGACUGGACACAUAAAAGCGGAACAGAGAAAUAGAUGAACCGGAUUCGCAAAUAUACCAAGCAAAAUAUGCUCUG